CUCAUUCUAAUCUUCACCUCAUUCUCUCGCUCUCUAGUUUCUUCUAACUACUGUAGUUCAACAAAAUUCCUCCACUUGUGCCUUUGCCGAUUGCUUGCACGUCAGACUCAUACCUCUUAUACAUAUUUACUACAAAGCAGAAGAAAGAGAAAGGGUCAGCGUCAAAUGGGCAAAUGAUCGCCUUGUGCUUGUCGCUGCCGAUCCCUCAUUCCAUUUGUUCUUUACCAACAUUUUUAACUCACAAACAGAAUAUUUGGAGUUUAAUUCUCGGAGUGUCCAAAGUAGCUCACAAACUUGCGAUUCGGAAUUAUUCUAUUCUUAACUCGUCACCAUCGAUGAAACUAUUUUGCCCAUUUGGCACUUAUUUAAAUCACCCUUUUCGCGGAAUACGACAGUCCUCAUCAGCUUUCAACUAACCAUUUCAUAUCCAUGCUUGUGGGUGGCUGAACAUUGUGUAUAUGAAUACCAUGAUGUUGCCCAAGUUGUGUUGGUAAUUCAACAGAGAUGUAAGACUCGCUUGAUUUGAGAAGUUGGUGUUUGGUGGCUGAAGUGAAUAUAGUCUGUGACGAUGGAUACAUGCAAAUCACUAGAAGAUCAGUUCUCUAAGCUUCACCCUUCCCUUCCUUUGAACACUAGGAUUGGGAUCAUAGGAGGUGGUCCAAGUGGCUUGUCAGCUGCUUAUGCACUGGCCAAGCUUGGUUACAGUGAUGUAACUGUCUUGGAGAAGCAUCAGGAUGUUGGGGGCAUGUGUGAGUCUGUGGAAAUUGAAGGUAAAAUAUAUGAUUUGGGAGGUCAAGUUCUUGCUGCAAAUAGUGCUCCAACAAUCUUUCACCUCGCCCAAGAAACUGGCUCUGAAUUGGAAGAGAUGGACUCCCAUAAGCUAGCCCUCAUUCAUACUUCAGGGGAAUAUCAAGACAUAGGCGUUGCAGACGAUUAUACGUCCAUUAUCUCACUCACCUUAGAACUCCAGGACAAAGCAAAGGAUUCAGGACACAUUGGUGUCCAUGCUGUGAGUGCAUUUGCAUCUGACUUAACUCCUGCGUAUCUUGAGGCUCAUGGACUGACGUCUGUCCCAAAGUCUGUGGCUUAUGGUUACACUGCUUCUGGAUAUGGGUUUCUGCAAGACAUGCCUUAUGCCUAUGUGCAUGAGUUCACCCGCACUUCAAUGGCAGGUAAAAUACGACGCUUCAAAGGUGGGUAUGGAGGCCUGUGGAAGAGGAUCAGCGAGUCAAUUCCAAUCAAAGUUCACUGCAACACUGAAGUUGUGUCUGUCAGACGGAGUUUUAAAACUGUAACUCUUCAUGUCAUGGACAGUGACACAAAUCUCACAAGUUUGGAGUUUGAUAAGAUUAUCAUCUCUGGUUCAUUUCCUUUUAGAAAUGGUAGAACGUACAGGCCCUCCACCACAAAAUCGUCAGAAGAAGGAGCUGAGACAAUGGAUAUGAGCCACCUCGAAAAGGAGCUGUUCAGUAAAGUAUACACAAUUGACUAUUACACCACAGUUCUGAAGAUAGAAGGCCUAAAUCAUUUACCGCUUGGUUUUUAUUACUUUGGGGAACAUAUGGACAAUCCGGAAACAAUUGGAUACCCGGUUGCCAUGCAGAGAUUCUACGCAGACACUGAUAUUUUCCUGUUCUGGUCUUAUGGUAACUCAGCCGACAUUACAGGUCCAAAAGUGGCUGAGCUGGCAAUCAACACAGUUAAGAAAAUGGGGGCAGAAGUUAAGAAGGUGAUACUGCAAAGAAGAUUUAAAUAUUUCCCCCAUGUUUGUAGCAAAGAUAUGGAGGAUGGAUUCUACAAGAGAUUGGAAUUGGAGCUACAAGGUUCAUUGAAUACUUAUUACGUAGGAGGGCUUAUGGCUUUUGAACUUACAGAGAGAAAUUCUUCAUAUGCCAUGACACUCGUAUGCAAGCACUUCGCAAACAACUCUUCUCCCAUGUUUUCUUAUGCUAAGCCCAUGUUUUUCUUACAAUCAAAACGAGAAAGGGAUGUUAAGGGGUUAGGCGAAUUACCAGGAGUGGAGUUUCCCGAUUUGAACUCACUGGAUGGGUAUUUAAGGCACUGGGGUUCACAUCAUGUCACUCGAGAUAGAAUACUUUAUACUUGGCUUAAUGAAGAAGGGUCAGUGUUAGGCCAGCGGACCUACAGAGAGCUUCAUCUCAAUGCUUCUUGCAUUGCUCAAAAGCUGCUAUCAAACCCGAAGCCUCCAAUAAAACCAGGGGAUCGGGUUCUUCUCAUAUAUGUUCCUGGCCUCGACUUCAUUGACGCAUUCUUUGGAUGCUUAAGAGCUAAGAUUUUACCAGUUCCAGUUCUUCCACCUGAUCCCUUGCAAAGAGGUGGCCAAGCACUUUUGAAAAUCGAAUACAUUGCAAAAUCAUGCGGUGCAGUCGCAAUUCUGUCGACCCUUAGUUAUCAUUCAGCGGUUAGAGUUGGCAAGGUGAAGAAUAUGAUUGGCUUGAUGAGAGAAAAUGGAAAGUCUUCAGCUGUGUGGCCUAAACUUCCAUGGAUGCACACUGAUAGUUGGAUAAAGAACUUUGCCAAUUUGGCUCCAGAUGCGAUGACUAACCAAGCUGAACCUCACUCAGAUGAUGUUAGCUUUCUGCAAUUUACGUCUGGGUCAACAGGUGAUGCAAAAGGAGUCAUGAUUACGCAUGGUGGCCUCAUUCAUAACGUGAAGUUGAUGCGCAGAAGAUACAAGAGUACUUCAAGGACAGUACUUGUUAGCUGGCUACCUCAAUACCAUGACAUGGGGCUGAUUGGUGGACUUUUCACUGCUCUUGUGAGUGGUGGAACUGCAAUCCUUUUUUCUCCAAUGACAUUUAUAAAAAAACCCCUUUUGUGGCUUCAUGUUAUGAGCACAUAUAAAGCUACUCAUAGUGCAGGUCCCAACUUUGCCUUUGAGUUGGUGGCUCGAAGAUUGGAGGCUAACAAGGGCAAGGCUCAGACAUAUGACCUUUCUUCCAUGGUUUUUCUCAUGAUUGCUGCUGAACCUAUUCGGAAAACUACUUUGAAAAAAUUUCUUGAGCUCACUAGCCCUUUUGGCCUAACUGAAGAGGUGAUGGCUCCAGGUUAUGGAUUGGCAGAAAACUGUGUAUUUGUGAGUUGUGCUUUUGGAGAAGGAAUUCCCAUCUUCAUAGACUGGCAAGGGAGAGUUUGUUGUGGAUAUGUAGAUCAAGGUAAUGCAGAUAUUGACAUACGAAUAGUCAAUCCAGGGACUGGGACGGAGCUUGAAGAAGAUGGAAAGGAAGGAGAGAUCUGGAUCAGUAGUCCGAGUGCGGGAAUUGGAUAUUGGGGAAGGGAAGAACUGAGCCAAGAUACUUUCAGAAAUGAGCUCCAAAACCAUCAUGGACGGAGAUAUACUAGAACUGGCGACUUGGGAAGAGUAAUUGAUGGGAAGUUAUUCAUAACUGGAAGAAUAAAGGAUCUGAUCAUUGCAGCAGGAAGAAACAUCUAUCCAGCAGAUGUUGAAAAGACAGUUGAGAGCUCAUCUGAUCUCCUACGCCCAGGUUGUUGUGCAGUCAUUGGUGUUCCAGAAGAAAUCCUGAUGGAAAAGGGUAUUCCAGUUCCUGAUUGUUCUGACCAAGUUGGUCUGGUUGUGAUUGCUGAAGUUAAGGAUGGUAAGCCUGUUGCUAAGGAUAUCAUUGACCAAAUUCAGAACCGUGUGGCAGAAGAACAUGGGGUUAGCGUUGCUUCAGUUAAGUUGAUUAAGCCUCGGACCAUCAGUAAAACAACAUCAGGAAAAAUAAAGAGAUUUGAAUGCCUAAAACAGUUUGUUGAUGGAACUCUUAAUGUAGUACCAGAAGCAAUAAGGCUCAGGAGGAAUUUUUUUCGAUCCUUCAGUACGGGGACAUGUAAGGAGGGAAAUACGCCUCGUCCUCAGCUAACAAACCUGUCAAGAGCUUUUGUUCAGCCUUCAGUACAGCCAGGUCCCAGAAUAAGUAAUAAGGAUAUUGAAGAGUUUUUGAAAGGGCUGGUAUCUGAACUGACAAAUAUUCCCAUUAACAAAAUUUGUGCCACAGAAAGCUUAUUGUCAUAUGGAAUUGAUUCAAUUCUGGUGGUUAGGGCAGCCCAGAAGCUUUCUAAUUUCCUAGGAGUGCCAGUUGGGGCUGUAGAUAUUUUCACGGCAACUUGCAUUGCAGACUUGGCAAGUAUCUCCGAGAAUAUUUUGACCAAGAAUCAUGCACAAUCAACAAAAAAUACAGCCAAUCCAACAUUUGAAACAACUUGUGCAUUGAUUGAGAUGGAAAAGAUUUCCUGGACUCGCCGAUUCGGUAUCUGGUUUUUCCAACUUCUUGCUCUCAUACUUGUUGCUAUGAUGCUGGCCUUUCCUGCUUAUUUAUCAAUUUCAGCUUUCAUUAGUUCCAUGCCUAUUCUCCACACCUUCACAGAUCACAUUCCUUUGAUGAAUUAUCUAUUACCCUUGACUCUAGCUCCUCUAGCAUGGAUUCUUUGCAUAGUUUCUUCUUGCAUGUGCAUCUCAUUCCUUGGAAAUUCGUUUCUAAGACCAAAUUAUGCUCUCACCCCUGAAGUCUCCAUCUGGUCUAUGGAUUUUGUCAAGUGGUGGGCGUUCUACAAAGCACAAGAGGUUUCUUCUAAAGUUCUAGCUGUGCAUUUAAGAGGAACCGUGUUCCUAAAAUACUGGUAUGAAAUGUUUGGAGCAAGGAUAGGGUCCUCGGUUAUUCUCGAUACCAUAGGUAUCACUGACCCCUCUCUGGUAUCUAUUGGUGAUGGAGUUGUUAUUGCAGAAGGGGCUUUGAUUCAAAGCCAUGAGGUAAAAAAUGGAGUCUUGAGUUUUCUUCCAAUUAGAAUUGGCCAAAAUUCUUCAGUGGGACCUUAUGCUUCAAUCCACAAAGGUGCCAUUUUAGGAGAAGAAGUUGAAGUUCCAGCUCUUCAAAAGAUUGAAGGCAUCGUAACCACUUCAGUUAUCGGAAAUCUUGAAAAGCGUAGCAAGCCACAGAGAACUGCAGGCGAAAGACAGGAACUUGUGGCCAUUUAUCACUUCUUGGGUAUCUACUUACUUGGCUUUCUGGGCUCACUUUCUGCAGCUAUUGUCUACUAAUUCUACAUUUGGCUAUCUCAAA